AUGCUGCCUGAAGUCCGUGCGCAUCUAAGAUUUCAUGGUGAUCGCGCCACGUUCCGUUUUACGGGGCACUCUCUCGGCGGUAGCUUGUCGCUGCUUGUAAAUCUCAUGCUGUUGAUUAGGGGGGAAGUCNAUGAGCAGAUGCUGCCUGAAGUCCGUGCGCAUCUAAGAUUUCAUGGUGAUCGCGCCAUGUUCCGUUUUACGGGGCACUCUCUCGGCGGUAGCUUGUCGCUGCUUGUAAAUCUCAUGCUGUUGAUUAGGGGGGAAGUCCUUCCUUCUUCCUUGCUUCCCGUUAUAACGUUUGGGGCACCAUCUAUUAUGUGUGGAGGGGAUCGCCUGCUUCGUGAGCUUGGAUUGCCUCAAGGCCAUAUCAAGGCAGUCACAAUGCACCGAGACAUUGUACCUAGAGCCUUCUCUUGCCAUUACCCCAAUCAUGUUGCAGAGCUUCUUAAGGCAGUCAAUCGAAACUUUCGGGGUCAUCCAUGUCUCAAUAACCAGAGGCUGUUGUAUGCUCCAAUGGGGGAGUUUCUGAUUCUACAGCCAGAUGAGAAAUUGUCUCCCAACCAUGAUCUCCUUCCCUCCGGCAGUGGGCUAUAUCUAUUGAGAUGCCCAGUGUCAGACGCCAGUGAGGCAGAGAAGCAGGUGCGUGCUGCACAGGCUGUGUUCUUAAACUCACCGCAUCCACUUGAAAUCUUAAGUGACCGUUCGGCAUAUGGUUCCGGGGGAACCAUUCAAAGAGAUCACGACAUGAACUCUUACUGGAAAUCUGUUCGCAGUGUAGUCCGCCAGGAGCUCAUCCGUAGGAGGAAAGCUAGGAGAGAGCACCGUCGCAAAUUUUGGUGGCCUCUUGUAGCACGCAGCAUUGAUGCUGGUAACAGCAUUAUGGGGAGGUCUCCGGUAUCAGCGAACAUGGGCCAAGGUCAAUUCAACUUCUCGGGCGUGUUACAAACUGGCCGAGAAUCUUUGAACAGGUUUAGUAGGCUUGUUGCAUCGCAGCACAUGCAUUUGCUUGUGGUGCUCCUGUUUCCUGCACGGUUGUUGAUCGUUGGUGCAUAUAGCGUAAUCAAUUUCCGUUAAUUAGUUGGUGAUGCUGGAAUUGGUUGUUAGAUAAACACCAGGGGAUUAACUUUAGAGUCUGAGGUGCAUGGUUUACAAUAUAAGAGUAGAUGAUUCAUUGUUCAUUUGGUUGUUACAGCAAUUCAUGUUCCCCUGUUUUGGAGAUGGGGAAUUAAAAGAUUGGCAUGUAGAAAAAAAAAAUUCAUUUGAAAAUCAAUGAAAAUAAAC